CAGUCACUUCAGUGACCAUGCAGCUGGCCGAUCGCGAUGACAGUAAUUUCAUUACGUAAACAGAGUUGUGUUGUGUUUUAAUUGUGAUAAAUCUCGUAUAGCGACAAUGCGUAAGCUAUUUUAUGUGAUCACGUGCCUAAUCGUGUGUAAUGUAAGCGUCGAUUCUGACAAUAAACUGCAAUGUAAAGACGAAAACAACGCACCGGUUGAUUGGUACGUGAUUUAUAAGUUACCGAAAACUCCAAUGAGUAGUAAUCCUUUAAUCAAAGACGGUAAUGCUUAUCUGUACGUAACAAGCGCAACAGUCGGAACCGGGUGGCGCUUAUCUACUAGGUCUAUCGCUUCAAACAAUUCUAUCCCUGGGAUCACAUUAGCGCCUAUUUACAAUGACAAAAACGAGAACAAGAGUAUGUGGACUUUGUACAACGACGAUCCGCCGGAUUCGUCGACCGUUUUUAAAUAUGGCCAUUCGAAGGGCGUAGUGGCGGUUAACAGCGAUCAGGGUUUCUGGUUAAUUCACAGCGUGCCAAAUUUCCCUCCGGUUCCCAAUGGCGGCGAGUUAACCCGCCCUUCGAACAGGGAAAACGUAACUAUCGCGGGCAGAUACGAUUAUCCAGAAAGUGGAAAGUUGUACGGGCAGAGUUUUUUGUGCGUUUCCCUCGGGGGGGAUCAAUUUAAUUCUGUCGGCGAACAGUUGAUGUACAACGAAAUAGUAGUGUACGCGAAAAAUAUACCAGAAACGCUCGAUAAAGCGUAUCCGUUGUUAAGGAACGCGACCAAUCAGAAACGGAUCAGGUCGCCCCCGUAUAACAACAAAGCUAUCGUAAGAUCCUUGGGAUCGGUCGAGUUCGUUUCGUUCGCCAAGGGCAGCAAGUGGCAGAAAGGUUUAUACACCGAUUACGUUGCCCCACAGUUGCAGACAGAUCUGUACGUGCAGUCGUGGUUGAACGGCCGUGGAAAGCUUCCAUCCACGUGCAGUCGUAGAAAAGUUUACAACGUUAAGAGCCUCGUGUUGGAGGCAGCCAAUGUCGAUUUCUCGAGCAGUCGCGAUCAUUCCAAGUGGUCCAUAACAGUCACCAACAAAACAGACGUUCAUUGGGUUUGCGUCGCUGAUAUUAACAGAGCCGAUACGCAGUAUUCUCGAGGCGGCGGAGCCUUGUGUUUCAAGCAGGCACAAUUAUGGAACGAUUAUCGGAACGCCAUAAACGACGUAGAGCCUUGCACUUUAUAAGCGAACGCGUGACGUUCUCCCUUUUUUGGGAAAAUACUGGGAAUUUCAAAGCGUUCGUAAGAUACUCGGUAUCCAGUAUUAAACGCGUUCUUUCAGUGUAAUAAAUUGAUUUCCGGUAAAAUAAGAUUCCCAAUUACGAUUAAAUAUAAUUCAUUCCUUUGUAUGCGUUCUGUCUAGCGUAAUAAAAUUGUUGC